AUGGCCUCCCAAUACAAGGUCAGAAAGGUUGCUGCUCCCAACACUUUGGAGCACCGCAUCUACAUCGAGAAGGAUGGCGUCCCUGUCUCCCCCUUCCACGAUAUCCCCCUCUAUGCCAACGACGCCCAGACGAUCUUGAACAUGGUCGUUGAGAUCCCAAGAUGGACCAAUGGCAAGAUGGAAAUCAGCAAGGAAGAGCUACUCAACCCGAUCAAGCAGGAUGUCAAGAAGGGCAAGCUUCGAUUCGUCCGCAACUGUUUCCCCCACAAGGGUUACCUCUGGAACUACGGUGCCUUCCCUCAGACUUGGGAGGACCCCAACGUUAUUCACCCCGAAACCAAGGCCAAGGGUGACAACGAUCCAUUGGACGUUUGCGAGAUCGGCGAGCUGGUCGGAUACCCUGGUCAAGUCAAGCAAGUCAAAAUCCUCGGUGUCAUGGCUUUGUUGGAUGAGGAGGAGACCGACUGGAAGGUCAUUGUCAUUGAUGUCAACGACCCCUUGGCUCCCAAGCUCAAUGAUGUCGAGGAUGUUGAGAGACACCUUCCAGGUCUGUUGAGGGCUACCAAUGAGUGGUUCAGAAUCUACAAGAUCCCAGAUGGAAAGCCUGAGAACCAGUUUGCUUUCACUGGAGAGUGCAAGAACAGGAAAUAUGCCACCGAUAUCGUUCGUGAGUGUGCCGAGGCUUGGGAGAAGCUCAUCACUGGCAAGACCACCCCCGGUGAUGUUUCCAUUACCAACCUCACCGUUAAGCAAUCACCCAGCCGUGUCUCCCCUGAACAACUUCCUCCUAUCCCACAAAAUGAGAAUCUUGCUCCUGCCCCAAUCGACCCUAGCAUUGACAAGUGGUUCUUCAUUUCUGGAGCUGCUGCUUAA